AUGCUCGUACCAUCAGCAUUCUUUGCAAUCGCAGCUGCCACGCUUGUAGUUGGUCGUCCGAUGCACGCUGGAAUCAACUAUACUCGAUAUCUUAAAGAAAUCGAUACAACUCAAGCAGAGCUCGACGAGUGGCGAAGCAAAUUUGGUGAUGUCGCUCAAACGAAUGGCUGGAUGCCUGUUUCUGAAGCCCGUAGUACAGUUGACCAGGAGGAAGAUUUUCGACAACGACUUUUUAUGACCAAGCAGAGCAUUGCAAGCAUUCAAGCUGAGAACCCCGACGCAAAUUUCUCCAUCAUGUCACCAUUUUCGCUUUUAACUGACGAAGAGUUCCAAAACUUUGUGCUGAACGCUUAUGUUCGUGGUAAUUUUACAGAGCAGAAAUCGCGCCAACUGCGCAGUUCUACCAGCCCGGACACGAAGAUUCAUGGGAUCUUUGAUAGCACGUCGCUUAUCUCGACCGCAGAGUCUCUUAUCAAUAGCGUUAUCAGUUUCGUUCAACCCACGAGUGAUGGAGCCACUGCUUAUCUGCUAAAGGGAACAAGCGAAAGCUCUAAAAGCUUCAAGUUCUCGGAUUUUUGGAAGUGGGUUCCACAAACACCAACGCGAAUUGACGCACAAGCUCCGAUAAUAACCGAGGAUGAAGACGUUAUAGACAGAUCUGAAUCGUUGGACUGGACGGAAUCAAAAUGCGUGGCUCCAAUUCAAGCCCAAGGCUCAUGUGGUUCAUGCUGGUCUUUCGCCACCGUUUCUGUUAUCGAGUCGGCCCAGUGCAUUGCUAACGGGGGGCAGUCGCUGACAAAAUACUCAGAGCAGCAAUUGGUGAACUGUGACAAACAAAACCGAGGUUGCAAUGGUGGCUCUCCAAAUUAUGCUUUUGACUACGUGCAGAAAAACGGUCUCUGUAUGCAGCAUAGCUACCCAUACACGGGCUACGUCGAUUCUUGUCGAAUUUGUGAAGCGGAAAACACUGGGCUCAAAGGAUUCUCUGUAGUUUCUGGCCAAAAUGGGUUGUUGGAUGCCCUAACUGAACAUCCAGUGAUUGUAGCGGUAGCUUCGGGGAAUAAUGUUUGGAAGCAGUACACGGGUGGGAUAGUGUCGUCGUGUGGCACAACGAGGCCUGAUCAUGCUGUAGUGGCGGUUGGCUUUGAUUCUUCAUCAAUCAAGGUUCGCAACUCGUGGGGCACGCUCUGGGGUGAAGGAGGAUACAUUCGUCUUGCUCGCAGCUCAUCAACUCAGGGAACGUGUGGUAUGCUCGUAGACAUGACGACUCCACAGAUGUGA